AUGAAGUACUCGUGGAACGUGGCACCUGAAGCUAUGAGAUUGUCGCCGCCAUUAAUAGGUGCAUUAAGAGAAGCUGUGGUGGAUUUGAAUUAUGGAGGCUAUCACAUACCGAAGGGAUGGAAGUUGUAUUGGAGCUCAUCUUUGACACACAGAGAUGCGAGUUUGUUUAAAGACAACAAAAAUUUUGAUCCAUCGAGAUUUGAAGGGACGGGACCGAUACCUUACAGUUACGUUCCGUUUGGAGGGGGGCCUCGUAUGUGCUUGGGUAAAGAGUUUGCUCGAUUGGAGAUACUUAUAUUUCUUCACAAUCUUGUCAAAAUAUUCAAGUAG